UUUUCUCUGAUUCGCCACACUGUUCCUUCCCUCCACCUCUCUCUCUCUCUCUCUCUCUCUCUCUCCCCUCCUGAAUCGCGUAGAGUCAACUCACUUACCAUAACUACAAACACCGAGUCGACUCGCCGAUCGGAACCAGGCCUCCGCGUAGAUGGAGAACCUGAUAACGCUGGUGAACAAACUACAGAGGGCGUGCACAGCCCUUGGUGAUCAUGGCGAGGAGAGCGCAUUGCCUACUCUCUGGGACGCCUUGCCUUCAAUUGCUGUCGUAGGAGGCCAGAGCUCUGGAAAGUCUUCGGUCUUGGAGAGUGUUGUUGGGAAAGACUUUUUACCUCGUGGAGCAGGGAUUGUUACUCGGCGUCCUCUUGUCUUGCAGCUUCAUAGGAUUGAUGAGGGAAAAGAAUAUGCUGAGUUUAUGCACCAACCAAGAAAGAGAUUCACAGAUUUCGCUGCUGUGAGGAAGGAAAUCUCUGAUGAGACAGAUCGGGAGACAGGCCGAAGUAGUAAAGUGAUUUCUACUGUGCCAAUUCAUCUUAGUAUCUACUCCCCUAAUGUUGUGAACUUGACGUUGAUUGAUCUUCCUGGACUGACAAAAGUUGCUGUUGAUGGUCAACCGGAGAGCAUUGUGCAGGACAUUGAGGCUAUGGUCCGGUCCUACAUUGAGAAGCCAAAUUGUAUUAUUCUUGCAAUUUCCCCUGCCAACCAGGACCUUGCUACAUCUGAUGCAAUUAAAAUCUCCCGUGAAGUGGACCCAAGAGGGGAGAGGACGUUUGGAGUUUUGACAAAAAUUGACCUUAUGGACCAGGGUACUAAUGCAGUUGAUAUAUUGGAAGGAAGGUCAUAUAAACUACAAUUUCCUUGGAUUGGUGUUGUUAAUCGCUCCCAAGCUGAUAUCAACAAGAGUGUUGAUAUGAUUGCUGCCCGGCGUAGAGAGCGCGAGUACUUUUCUAGUAGCCCAGAGUACAAGCAUCUUAGUCAGAGAAUGGGAUCUGAGCAUUUAGGAAAGGUUCUUUCAAAGCAUUUGGAAACUGUGAUAAAAUCUCGCAUCCCAGGCCUUCAGUCUCUUAUUAGCAAAACUAUUGCUGACCUAGAGGCAGAAUUAAGCCGUCUUGGGAGGCCCAUUGCCACUGAUACUGGAGGAAAACUAUAUAUGAUAAUGGAAAUCUGUCGUACUUUUGAUCAGAUAUUUAAAGAACAUCUUGAUGGAACGCGGGCUGGUGGUGAUAAAGUCUAUGGUGUGUUUGAUAAUCAAUUUCCAGCAGCUUUGAAGAGGUUGCAAUUUGACAAAAAUCUUUCAAUAGAUAAUGUUCGAAAGCUAAUUACUGAAGCAGAUGGAUAUCAACCUCAUCUAAUUGCUCCUGAGCAGGGAUACCGUCGCCUCAUUGAAGCUUCCUUAGUAUGUAUUAGAGGUCCUGCUGAGGCAGCUGUUGAUGCGGUGCAUGGCAUACUGAAGGAUCUGGUUAACAAGUCUAUCAGUGAGACCGUGGAACUAAAGCAGUAUCCAAGUUUAAGAGUAGAAGUCGGUAGUGCAGCUAUUGAAUCCUUGGAAAGGAUGAGGGAAGAAAGCAAGAGAGCAACUCUUCAGCUGGUCGAUAUGGAAUGUGGUUACCUGACUGUAGAAUUCUUCCGUAAGCUUCCUCAAGAUAUUGAAAAGGGUGGGAAUCCAACGCACUCAAUUUUUGAUAGAUACAAUGAUGCGUAUCUCCGGCGUGUUGGAAGCACUGUAUUAUCCUAUGUCAACAUGGUUUGUGCAACUUUAAGGAACUCUAUUCCAAAGUCCAUAGUCUACUGUCAAGUAAGAGAGGCAAAGCGCUGCUUGCUUGAUUUCUUCUUUACAGAGUUGGGUAAGAAGGAGUCAAAACAGUUGGGUAAGUUGUUGGAUGAAGAUCCAGCAGUGAUGCAGCGCCGUACCUCGCUCGCAAAGAGACUGGAGUUGUACAGAACUGCUCAGGAAGAUAUCGAGGCUGUUGCUUGGUCCUCCAAGUAAAGUCUAGGCCAUUGAUUCUUUCCCACGGUGCAUUGCCAGCUGAGGCCGAAGCCACUGGGGCUUUUUGCCUAUAGCUCCCUACUAAGCCAAUAUAAAAAAUGUUAUUGUUUUUUAUUUUUUUUAUUUAUCAUUAACAAAUUAAUUUUUUUCCCUAAAGUUAAAAUUUUUAGGGUGUAUUUAGUCAUGUUGUAUAGUUUAUUUUUUUUAAUUUUAUCUUCUAAAUUAAAGAUACACAUUAAUUACAUUAUAAGAAUAAUUUGGAAAAA